GAAAAAGACUGACUAUAAAACGGCCAGUAGCGCGACCAGCGGGACCGGAGGAGCGGCGCGCCGCUCGGGCAAGCGCCUGUCGCCGUUUCUGGAAGAUCCGAAUGCAAACGCCGUUGCCGGUGUGCUGAUCCGCAAAGACCGAAGCGAAAUCAAGAAGCGACGUGCCAGGUUUCGCGCUACGAAGGAUGCGGGGUCGCCGCUGGAAGAAGGCGCUGCCGCGGAACUCGAAUAUGCGGCAAGCCCAUCCGCUGCCGUGAACGCUGAGGCCGCCGACGAGAGAGACGACGGAAAAAUACUAGGCGACUCCGAUUCCGAUCUUGAUUCGUCGCCCACGCGGGAGAAGAAAAAGACAGCUGCAGAAGCGAGGAAGCAAGCUGCUACCGACAAGAAGAACAAAGGGAGUGACUUGGACACGAGUCCUGGCAGUCCCGCGGCAGCGUCCGCGCAGAAGUGCGGCCGUUCGUCAAACAGAUCCCCCCUAGCAACUCAACGAUCGCCACUUGUCACGCAGCGGUCACCCCGGUCUCCCGACUCGCGGGGUUCGUCCCUCUCCGAGGACUCUGAUCUCUUAACAGAUCUUAACGACGUCGCGGGUUUCGGGACAAGCGGGGACAACCAGCAGUCUUCCCGUCAGAAGGCACAGGAAAUCACGCUAAGGUGCCGCGCCUUUGAAUUUGACGGUACGCUAGUAGAACUCGAGCUGCGGGUAUCGAACCCACGCAGAACUCGCAAGCGAUUGCUUUCUAUGUUUCUGCGCUCUAAGCGUGGUGUGCAUCUCCGUGUGGUUUUCUUUGUGGGCGACUCCAUUGGGCUGCCGCGGGACCUCCUAUUUCAGCACAGCGGCGAUGUCUUGGGCGAGCGUCGAUUUCUAGCGGACUACAACGACGAGUACUCGCACAGACUCGACGAGGCAGGCUGGGAGGCAUUCACUUAAGACCUACUUACGAAACAUUCGAUUUUUUCGAAUGCUGCAGUUGCUGUCACUAGGUCGUGAGGCGACAUUUUUCUCCAUCCUUGUUUAUACUCAAGAAUGUAUGAUGAACAUGAAGACGGCCGUCUGAAAUGAAUGUCGAGAAGAUCAUUUUCACCGUGUGAGGAACUUGCAUUAUUUUAUCCAGAAGUCAUAUGAAAAGCCAAACUGCCUUGGGAUACAAUUCCCAAACCCAAAAAAGCCAGAACUUUCUAGCUUUUUUGGCUUUUCGGUGUCUAAGUCGAAAGCGUGCGAAAUGGCAAAAAAGAUGGCAAGCCCAGCUUUUUCGCCGGCUUUUUCUGUUUUUUCGUCGGAUUGUGUCCCACAAAACAAAAAAAGGCCGCGAAAUGCCAGAAAAAAGCCAAAAAAGCACGACUUUUCUGGCUUUUUUGGGUUUUGGCAUGAAUUUAAUUCAAACGCCAAGGCAUGAAAAACGCCCGAAAAUCCAAAAAAAAUGCAAAAAAAGCCAGAAAGUUCUGGCUUUUUUGGGUUUGGGAAUUGUAUCCAGAGGCAGUUUGUCUUUUCAUCAGAAGGCAUGUGAAGCGUGAUAUCUUCUAAGGCGGCAACGAUCCGGCUGGCCUGCUGGCGGCCGAGGAGGCUGCAGUGCUGGCUGCAGCUGCGGCCGAUAGACAGGCAGUAGGAGGAGCAGCUGCAGGGGUGGUUGAAUCCACCCAAGUAACGUCACAAACGGUUGACCUCACGACAGGCGUAGUUUUGUUGCAGGAUCUGAAGCAACAGCCUGAUCCAGUGGAAGUAUUCGAGCACCCUCAAGACCGCGGAAAGAUUGUCGUAAAAUGGACGCCCGUGGUCAAGCUUUCCUUUCUGCUGCAAUACUAUCCUCGCGGAUGGGGUCUCAGAUCGCCUACCUUCAAGAUUGGGCGGGAUGGCCCGUUUCACCUUGAAUUUUGGCCCAAUGGAAGCUACGGCACAACGAAAAGUGGUUUGUGCAGCAUCUGCUUGCACACUCCACGAAUGAAGAACGCCCUGUGCAUGGUACAAUUUUGGACUCCGGACCUCGACUGCUUUGCAUCACAGAGCGACCAGGAGGAGCAACAGAACCUAACAUAUGCCUUUACACGAUAGCAGAUCAGUGUUUCAUUCAUAAGUUUGAUUUUAGAGAUCCAUCCGUCUAUGCACAUAAAAAAACGCUUUCUUUUAGUCGAAAAACUUGUUGAUUGGAACUAUUUUAUUUUCCACCGAAGCACUGGGACUGGCCACUGGGUUGUGCAUGUGCUUGUGCUCUAAGGCAUCAUGAACGGCGGUGUGUCGAACGCCAAGCGCAUCUUGACAAAAGAGCGGGAAUACCGCUUAGAUAACGUCGUUGCUCCAAGCGGAGGCAUCUUACCAAGUGGUGCCGCGUCAUCGGCUGCUCACCAGGGGGCCCAGCAUAGUUACAGACCACAGGAACGCGUUGGCGGCAGCCCAACGAGCGGCGAAGCAACAAAUCUUGGCGGAGGCACUUAUGGGAGCGAAAAUGUCUGCAUGCUUCACGAAUUUUGCCAAGCACAAGAUACAACACUCGAAGCCGACACACAUGGAAACCGAACUGUUGUUUUAGGAUGCAUCUUCCGUCGUAUUUUUAACGAAGAUCGCAAGGACAGAUUGAAAAGUCUCGCGGUGGGGCUCGACGUUGGCAAGAUCGCUUUCAACAACUUCUAAAUGCAAGAAAUAAUCUCGUUAUUUAAAGUUACGAAGUUGUAAAUCCAUCGGGAUCGCAUUUGCCAUUAUUUGAACCUAGUAUCUUCCGACUCGUGGAGUUCUUGUUGUAGCUACUGCAAUUGAUGUGAAAGGAUCAUCAAGGACUGCGUUUACUAUGAAACUCAAAUUAUGCCUGCUAAAGGUUCUUACACCAAAUUAAAAGAAGAAUUAGAAGAUUCUACGAUAUUAUUCACUAUUCAUAUUCAUUGCUAUCCAUCGGAUUUGAACACUCGUUUCCCCAGAAAGAAUUAGAAUACGAUGUACAUCGAUUUCGAUUCCAUCCCGUCCCGCUCUUGUGCGUGGACGUGGUGGGAGGUUAAGCUUAGAACUAGCACACACCGUAUCAAGGACGCGAGACGUGUCAAUAUCGAGAGACUGCACCUGUGGGGAGAAGAUCGAU